CUUCGUUAUGCUUGUAUUACCAUUAUUCACUUAUUGCAUGUAAAUGAUUGCUUUCUUGAUGCCUUAAUUCCUUAUCAUCAUUCAAUACUGUUAGCACCGAUGGUUCUUGUUUAAUUAGUCUCUGCUGCUUAAUUUUAUCUCUUGUAGAAAAGAAUUAAAAGUGCUGUGUUCUUGUGAAAUUGAAGAUUUCAUUGUAGAAGAAAUUAAAUGGAACCUGAUGAAGAUGAGAUUUAUAAUUGUUUGAUCAAGCUGAGAAGUAGUCCUGAAAGACGGAGGAAUAAGGUUUACAUUGGUUGUGGAGCAGGGUUCGGGGGUGACAGGCCUUUGGCUGCUCUUAAGUUGCUUCAAAGAGUCAAGGAACUAAACUAUCUGGUUCUCGAAUGCCUGGCGGAGCGCACUCUUGCCGAUCGCUAUCAAAUCAUGAUGUCUGGUGGCGACGGUUAUGACUCUCAGAUUUCGGACUGGAUGCAUACACUGUUGCCUCUGGCUUUGGAAAGAGGAACUUGCAUAAUUACCAAUAUGGGUGCUAUGGAUCCUCAGGGCGCACAACACAAGGUAUUAGAACUAGCUAGAGACAUGGGGCUUAAUGUUUCUGUGGCUGUAGCUCAUGAAGUGCCUACUUCAAUUUUAGGUUCAGGAUUGUCACAUGUGAAGUCCUAUACCAUGGAGGGUGUUUAUGAGCUAGGUUGGAACUGGGAUGAAUGGGAGCAUCUUGCUCAAGGAUCCAUGGCAGGGCAUCUUCUAGAGUGUGGUUGUCAACUCACAGGGGGAUAUUUCAUGCAUCCAGGAGACAAGUACCGAGAUAUGUCCUUUGAGCAGCUACUGGAUUUAUCACUUCCUUAUGCAGAAAUCUCUUAUGAUGGGCAAGUAUGUGUGGCCAAAGCUGAAGGAAGUGGUGGAGUUCUGAAUUUCAGUACAUGUGCCCAACAAUUACUGUACGAGAUUGGAGACCCCAGUGCUUAUGUGACCCCAGAUGUAGUCAUUGAUUUUCAGGAUGUAUCAUUCGUUCCAUUAUCGAGCUGCAGAGUUGUGUGUCACGGGGCAAAACCAUCUACUACUAAUUCAGCUCCUGAUAAACUUUUGCAGUUGGUUCCAAAGGAAUGUGGAUGGAAAGGAUGGGGAGAGAUAUCAUAUGGUGGAUAUGAAUGCGUUAAACGCGGUAAAGCAGCAGAAUAUGUGGUUAGAUCAUGGAUGGAAGAAACAUUCCCCGGAGGCGGACUUAAUGAGUGUAUACAUUCUUGUAUCAUUGGAUUUGAUAGCCUCAAGGCUUGCAGCCUAGACAAUAAUACUAGUCAAGAUAUUAGGUUACACAUGGAUGGACUUUUCCAGCACAAGGACCACGCUCUCCGCUUUACCACGCAAUUUACAGCAUUGUAUACAAAUGGACCGGCUGGCGGUGGUGGUGUCAGUACUGGAUAUAAGAAAGAGAUUCUUCUAGAAAAGCAGCUGGUUAGGCGUGAAGAUGUUUUCUGGCGAAUCGCACUGAAGCAGAACACAACUAGUAGUCUGUCCAAUAAAUUGGUUCAUCUUGAAUGCAGCUUCACAGCUCUCUCACAAGCUGAUACUCAACAACCUGCUUGCUCCCCGGCGCCGUCGGGUCGAAACAUUCCACUCUAUGAGGUAGCACACAGCAGAGCCGGAGACAAAGGAAAUGACAUCAACUUCUCUAUCAUCCCACAUUUUGGUCCUGAUAUUCACAAGUUGAAGCAAAUUGUUACACCUGAGUGGAUAAAGUUAGUGGUUGCACCACUCAUAGACUCCUCUUCAAAUCCUGAUCUUGAUGCAAGAAAAAAUAGAGACAAAUGGGUCCAUGAAAAUGUUAAGGUUGAGAUAUAUCAUGUUAAGGGAAUCCAAGCAUUUAAUGUUGUUGUUAGGAACAUUCUAGAUGGUGGUGUCAAUUGUUCCAGAAGAGUUGAUAGGCAUGGAAAGACAAUUUCAGAUCUUAUACUUUGCCAACAAGUUGUGUUGCCACCAUGAUAUUACCUUAUCUUUUUAAAGAAUAAAAUAAUGCAAAAUUUGCUACUAA